UCAAUAUAUAUUUCAUCCUACAAGUUUAUUCAUUUUCUUUAUUAAUUUUCACAAAAACAAUUAAAAUAGUGUGUUUAGAUCAUCAAGAGAAGAAAUGGCAGCAGCAUCUGAAGCUAAGAAAACUGUUUAUGAUUUCACUGUUAAGGACGUAAAAGGGCAAGAUGUUGACCUUAGCAAGUACAAGGGAAAAGUGUUGUUGAUUGUCAAUGUUGCUUCACAGUGUGGCUUUACCAAUUCUAAUUAUCCUGAGUUGACAACGUUGUACCAGAAGUACAAGGAUCAAGGGCUUGAAAUUCUUGCAUUCCCGUGCAACCAGUUUGGAAGUCAAGAACCUGGAACCAAUGAAGAAAUCCAAGAGUUUGCUUGCACGCGUUUUAAAGCAGAGUACCCUGUGUUUGGCAAGGUGAAUGUGAAUGGUAAAGAUGCGGAACCCUUGUACAAGUUCUUGAAGUCGAGCAAAGGAGGGUUCCUUGGUGACAGUAUUAAAUGGAACUUCACAAAGUUUCUAGUCAACCGUGACGGACAGGUUGUCGAUCGAUAUGCACCCACCACUAGUCCUCUCAGCAUCGAGAAGGAUAUAAAGAAGCUGCUUAAUGUUGCUUAGUUCAUUGCUGUUUUCAUAAUAUGGGUUACUUAACUUAAUUGCCAUUUUACCAAUAAAUUACUAGCAAACAAUGAAUGAAUGUUACUACUGUAUAUGUGUUCUGUAAUUAAAUUAUUAUUAAAUGUUAUCAUGUCUGUUGUUA